UUGCGACUGGCACUGCUGUACACUGCACCAUGAGGCACCCUGGCGGUCAUUCCCUGGCGCUUGGCUGGUGCCUGUGCCUGCUAUACAGCGGGUACGAGCUCGCUAGAGCGUCCUCUCUCGCUCUCUUCAACAAGAGCGAUGCAGGCCUGAGCGGAGCACUCACCUCGACCGUGAGCUUUGUGCUGAGCGUGGCAAUGCUCGGGGUGUAUGGGGUCGGAGCGGAGGCGCUGGGGGGCAAGUGGACUCUCGUCGUUAGCGCCGGUGGGUGCUGUGUUGUGUUUCUAGCCUUCGCGUUUGCGUGUUUCGGGGAUGCGGUCUUCGGCAGGACGGUUAUAUGCGGCCUCUACGCGUUUCGGGAGAUGUAUGUGGCGUUGAUAGCGACCCAGGUCUGGGGGCUGCUGUCGGCGGCGCUCAAGCAGAGAGGAGAAAGGGAAUCGCGACGCUGGUUCUGCAUCAUCCAGGGUGUGUCUUGCAUUUGCAGCGCCUUCUCCGGGGUAGCGGCGGGACGCCUGGCGACCGCCGGAGGCCAGGCUUACCUCCUUCUUGCAGCAGCUCUCUCCCUCGGCACCAUCACGGUCACCGCUGUGGCGUUAACACCCGUCAAGGCGGGCGGGUGGGGGGUCGAAAAGGUCGAGGGGAAAACGGGCAAGAAAAAGAGUGACCACGGGAUGCUGAGCGUGCUUAGGUGA